AUGAGGAAGCUAAGAAAAGAAAAACCGAUAAAACUAGUAACAACACAUGGAAACAAAAGCACGAAGAUUGUUAGAAAUCAAAAUAACAUUCAUAAGAGAUUAACAAACGUAUCGGACGUUUUAAACGGAAAAUAG